GAAACACAGAUGGCGGCGGCGCGGCGCCAUUCCGGGCCGAGAGCAGGCAGCCAGCAGCCCUGUCCUCACCGCGGUCCGCCCGCCGCCGCUAAAUACCCGGAUGCGCCGCCCGAGCGCCAGACGCGGAGCUGGGAAAAAGGAGGCAGAGGAGGCGGAGGCAGAAGCAGAAGCGGAGGCAGAGCCAGGCGCUGAGACCGAGCGACAUACCGGCGGGGCUUGGCCACGCAGAGCCGGUCCAGGGAGCCCUCCCGCCACCCGAGCCGGGGAGGAAAAGCAGCGACUCCUCCUCGCCCGCAUCCCGGGGAGCCGGACUCCGGACUGGCUCGGUAGUCAGGGGCCCGAGAGCAGGUCCCCAGGCAGGCUUCGCUCAGCCUCCGACGAGGGCUGGCCCUUUGGCAAGCGUUUUCAACAGCCAGACCAGGCAGGCCACCAUGACCGAGAACUCCACGUCCACUCCUGCGGCCAAGCCUAAGAGGGCCAAGGCCUCCAAGAAGUCCACAGACCACCCCAAAUAUUCAGACAUGAUCGUGGCUGCUAUCCAGGCGGAGAAGAACCGCGCUGGCUCCUCGCGCCAGUCCAUCCAGAAGUAUAUCAAGAGCCACUACAAGGUGGGUGAGAACGCCGACUCGCAGAUCAAGUUGUCCAUCAAGCGUCUGGUCACCACCGGUGUCCUCAAGCAGACCAAAGGGGUAGGUGCUUCGGGGUCCUUCCGGCUGGCCAAGAGCGACGAGCCCAAGAAGUCAGUGGCCUUCAAGAAGACCAAGAAGGAAGUCAAGAAGGUGGCCACUCCAAAGAAGGCAGCCAAGCCCAAGAAGGCUGCAGCCUCCAAAGCCCCAAGCAAGAAACCCAAAGCCGCCCCAGUCAAGAAGGCCAAGAAGAAGCCGGCUGCCACGCCCAGGAAAACCAAAAAACCCAAGACUGUCAAAGCCAAGCCAGUCAAGGUAUCCAAGCCCAAGAAGGCCAAAUCGGUGAAGCCCAAAGCAAAGUCCAGCGCCAAGAGGGCCAGCAAGAAGUGACAAUGAAGCCUUUUCUUGUGGACACUCCUUCCUAUUUUCUGUAAAUACUUUUCUCCUUUUUCUCUCUUGAUUCUCAUCUGCACCCCUUUGCCCCUUUUUAUUCAAGAGACAGCAUUUGGAUUCCUCAGAAAUUACAGAAUAAUUCGUUUUUCCUUAACCAGUUGUGCAAGGACAGCAACAAGUCUCACCUCUGUAAUGAUGAGAAUGUACUUACAUUUUGUUUUGAUGUUAAUCUACUUACGGGUUAGGGAUUUUGGUGGGUUUGUGUGUUUUGUUAGAUGGUUUGUUUUCUACGAAGAUGGGGGAGGAGAGAACAAGCAAAGCAGUUUGUUCUGGCGAGAUGAGAGUGAUCCCAGGAAUUGUGAGGUUAGUAGGAGUAUUUUUAAGGCCAGCAAGCUUCAAGUUGGGCACCCCUUGUGGGUU